AUGGCGCAGAGCGACUUCCUGUUCCCGGACAACCCCAGGAGGCGACAGGAAGUGGCCCGCCUGCACCAGCAGCUGCUGGGCUGCCUGCUGGACAGUUUCCAGGCCACCAAUGAGCUGAUCGGGGUCCUCAACACGCACCUGGGGUGCAGGCUGCCCCCCAUCGAGAUGCGGAGACAGGGGACCAUCAAGGAGAACUGUGACGCCGUCAUUGAAGCCGUGCGGGGCAUCCAGACAGAGCUGCAGCAGGUGGACCAGGCCCUGAGGGACAAGCUGGAGCCCACGCUGUACCAGAAGCUGCGGGACGUAAAGGAGAAGGAGACGGACAAGGUGGCCAUCGUGCAGAAGGUGAUCUCGGCCAUCCUGGGGGAGGCCACGGCGGCGGCCAGCGCCGUGGCCGUGAGGCUGGUGGGCUCCGGUGCCACGGAGGGGCUCCUGCACAAGCUGGCAGCCGCCCUGGGUCACAUCGGCGCGUCCCUGCUGGGCAGCGUCGGGGUCGCCGUCCUGGGCCUGGGCCUCGAUCUGAUCGUCCGCGCCAUCCUGGGAGCGGUGGAGAAGAGCCAGCUGCAGGCAGCCAUCAAGAGCUACGAGGCCCAUCUGGUGGAGUUCAAAUCCGCCUCUGACAGGUACCACCGGGCCAUCGCGGAGGUCACCGACCUGGUGAGACUCCAGACGAGAUGAGAGAAGCUACCAGAAGGCCGCCUGGCUUCCUUGAAAGCCCACGACUUAGCAGAAAGGUAAACCGCUUUGGAACGUCAGCUCCUCCACGUCCCUAAGUCUGGAGUUUUGAAUCCACCCCAAAACCCUGAAUCGACCCACAGAGGUGGAAUAUUAUUUACCCAGGACUUUGGUACCCAGGUCCGAGGGGGAGCAGAGAUGGGGGUGGGUGAAGUUGUUCCAUGACUCAUUUUCCAGUGGA